AAAACGAAACACAACAAAAGUGAGCUGCUUAUAAAUAAUUGACAGUUUGCUAUUUUUUUGUGUGUGUCAUUUUCUAAGUAUUCUAGUUUAAAGCUAGCUAGGUUUGCUGAGUAUAGGACUUCUGGAGAUGUUCAUCGUUCACAUUGUUAGCUUCGCUGAAUAAUAAGGCCAAUAAUCAAAACUGGCCACGAGGCAGAGUGAAUAGCCACCAAACCAGCUACAAACCAUAUAAUCGAAACCAAAUCAUAGCGCAGACCUAAGAAGGAUUUAAUAUGUAAUUUUCUGUAAGCAUAAACUAAACCUUAUGAUUUCCAAAACAUAAAUUUUAUUAUAGAAAAAAAAAGGGAAAGCACAUGUUCAUCUUGCCCAACAACUUCUCACACCUUUUUCGUUGUUUCUUGGAAACCUUAAACACUGUUCCCUACUCCCCGUAGUUCCAACAGUUCGUUCUCGUUGAUCACUGAUCACAACAAUCCCACCACCUAACCCCAACUCGUCAUUUUGUGAAAGCAACUACUAUAUAUAUAUAUAUGAACUAGUUCUAUAAACCCCAUUUCAAUUUAACUUCAGAAGCAGGAGGGAGAGAGAAAGCACUGGACUCACCAAUCACCAUGUCUGAGAUAGUCAACGAGGCUUGGAGAAAGUACCGUAUACAACUUCAGUCUUACCCUCUCAGGACCAAGGCGAUUACAGCAGGAGUUUUGAUUGGGGUUAGUGAUGGCAUAGCCCAGAAGAUCUCUGGGGUCAAGAAGCUUCAACUCAGAAGACUGUUUCUUAUGAUGCUAUAUGGGUUUGCUUAUUCAGGGCCAUUUGGGCACUUCCUCCACAAAUUGAUGGAUGUAAUAUUCAAAGGAAAGAAGGACAACAGAACUGUUGCAACGAAGGUUCUGCUGGAACAGUUAACUUCAUCUCCUUGGAACAACUUGUUUUUCAUGCUGUACUAUGGCUUGGUGGUAGAAGGAAGACCAUGGAGUUUAGUUAGGACAAAAGUUCGAAAGGACUACCCUUCGGUUCAAUUGACUGCAUGGAAGUUUUGGCCUAUUGUUGGUUGGGUGAACUACCAGUAUAUGCCUUUGCAGUUCCGGGUUCUGUUUCACAGCUUUGUUGCUUCGUGCUGGGCAAUCUUUCUUAAUCUGAAGGCUAGAUCGGUGGUGAUAAAGCAGGCAUAGGACUGAAAAUCUUUCUUCUUUUCCUUCUUUUGUGAAAAUAUCUGUUUUCAAUUACUAUCUUUGGGAUAACUUGGUAGCUGUAUUACCAUUCUGAAUGCCUUAAAUUUUCAUCAACAGACUGCUUCUCUUUAACCGCUGAGUGUCGUCGAAUGUACUUAACAUGGUAAAUCCAAUUAAAUUUCUAGAAGAACAACACCCUUUCAGUUG